GCGAGCUUCCUUAUCGUUUGGUCAUCGCUCUGUUUUUCGCUUCAGGUCCCCGUUCUCCGAUCUCCCGAUCAGGCUCCUCUCGAUUUAGUUGUCUAAAUUAACCAGUUUGCCCCUAUUCUCGACCAGAUUUCGCCCUGGAAAAGCUAACAAAUCCAUAAAAGGCGCCAAAAAUUUAAAAUAAUAAAGAAAAUGUCAAAAAAGCCGAACAAAAUUCUUAACGUUCUCGAAAGGUUGCAUUUGCACUUCCCCUGAAGGAAGCCCAUUCUGGAAGGAUUUUUGUAGUCGGAAUAGGACUCGAAUCGGAGUCGAACGCAGAUCGCCGAUGGCUGAUCGUCAGCUGGGCGCUCAGGCCCUGGCUGAAGUUUAUUGCAUUCCCGAAACUCAUUUUGCGUAUUUUUUCUUUUCCUCCCGCUCUCACCUAAUCCCUCCGUCGUGCUGCCUGCCAACGAUCGAUACGGACACGAACACGGACCUAAUCACAAUAACGGAUUCGGAUCCAUCCACAGUUGGUUGGCAGUGCGCUGCAACCACAGCUAAGGACAUCACGACGGCCCGGAACGGGAACUGGAAAAGCAACGGACCCAGGACGAGGAUCGGAGUCCAUCGAAGUCCAAGAGCCGUGCGGCAGGACAAUGCGGAUAUGUGCUCCCAACUGCCGCACUUUAUCUCCCUGCUCCUCCUUCUUGCGCUCAACGUGCUCCUCGCGGCACCCGCCCACACCAUGGCGAUGCAGACGGCCAGCGGCGGCCUCACGGUGAUCGAUGCCACCCGUCUCCGCACCACCACCACCAGCAGCAUGGCCCCUCACAGCCUCAGUCUCAGUCCCAACCUCAGCUCCACCUCCGUGGGUUCUGGCUUAUCCGGCUUUUCCUCGCCGCAGCGCAAGCGGCACAGAAAGAGGAAUAGUAAUUGGAUUGACUAUCGGAACUUCAACGAGAGCACCACGGCUCUGGAGUGGGUCAACCCCUGCGGAGGAUCCUACCAUCCCUCGGCUGGGGAUCGCUUUAGCCGUCUACGACCCAGGCAGAGCUUCAAUCAGCUGAAGCGCCACGCCUUCCGGGAGUACCGUGGACUCAACAGCAGCCAGGACUCGGUGAUCGAUAUCCGGAACAUGACCAUGUGGUCGCUGCACACUCAAAACUACAAGUUCCUGCCCAAGCUCAAGUCCAACUCCACGAUUGCCCUGAAGCGAUGGUACCGCAAUAUGCAAACGUACGUGGCCAGCUUCGCCUAUCUGCGGCGACUCCAGAUACGCUGGGACCAGCGCUUUAUAACCCGCGAAUCCACCACUGCACGGGAGCUAAGGGAGCUGCUCCUCAGCUCCCGGCGCAUUCUCUGCGAGCUAGAGACGGCCGUGAAUCAGACUAGCCCCCGUCGGAAGCAUCGGCGCAGUAGCCCCAAUGGAUCCAUAUCCAUUGGCGUGCAGCUGCCGCAAAUCUCACGGACUGAGAUGAACAAGCGCCUUAAACUGCGCAGCAAGGGCGCUGGGGGUCCUGGGCCCAUUUCAGGAGCCAUCACCGGUUCCAUGAAAACAGCCAACGAGGCGGACUCUAUUGACAUGCGGUUCGUGAAGCACCACUACUACGAGUUCCUGCGCACCAUGUGGCAGCUGCUCAGGCGCGACGGCAAGCGAGAGAAAAAACGUCCCCACCGGCCCCACCAGAAGCAGCAGCCCCGUAAACAGCAGACGGAGCUCCAGAGUCCAGCCAGUAGACAGCAGCCUGCAAGUCGCAGUUUCAGCCAAUCAUGGACUGGAACCAGUUCCACCUCGAAUUCAAACUUAAAUAGCAGGGACUUCAACGAAGUCUCCAAGCCUACGAUGGAGUCCGAGUACACUAGCAGCACCAGCACCGGCAGCGCCAGCAUUGGAGGCAGACGCGGUAAACGGCAGUCGGCGACAGCAGGCAGACAGCAGACGCAGCGACGCGUGCAGCGCACGUGAAGCAUACCCAUACCCCGAUACCAAUCCUCCAAUUAAACACCAUUUCAAACUUCGACCACAACCGAAAUCUAUAGAUGGUAUAGUAUAGUAAAGUAUUUGAAUGUCAUCCUAUGGCACUCUACCUCUUUUCUUCAUCGCGAACUGCCCGAACUGUAUUGAGCAUCCGACCAUACCAUUCCGAAAUAAGGGAAACCAGAAUUGCAGCUUAUUUGAGGACUUUUCGAAGUUCGUAGCAGUUCGUAGGAGAAGUACCAUAGGAAACAUACCGCAGUUGCCGUUCUAGUCACAAAGGAGCAACCGCUAGAUCCCUAACCCCCAGAGAGCCUCUCCUCAUUGAGAUCUUUUUCGGCAUCCUAACUGGAAAGUAUUAUUUGACUCUAUUUAUAAUUGCAUUAUUUGUGGCAUCGUUCUAAGCUCUAAAUUAUGUAACCCCGUAGAUUAUAAGGCGAUAUAAUAUAUAUAUAUAUGUAUGCAUAUAUAGUGAAAGGUUUAGGCAUAAAGUUUUAGAAGAGAGGCAUAGAUAUAUGGAACCAUUUUUUUUUGGUAGCUAAGUUUGUGUGACAUCUGUGAUAUAGUCGUGAGUGUUGAUAGUACGCAUUUUGCUUAACUAGUUCUUAUUUGCCCUCAUCCCCCCAUUACCUUAACUCUUGCCUUAUUGUAUAUAUAAAUAGAUCUUAUAUACGCAUGUUUCGUAAGUAAGUACAUACUGAAAUCGAUUUUCAUAUUUAUAGAACAACUCCACCUCCCUGCUAUGACUAAGCCUGCAGCGUAAUAAGUCGAUCAAUAAAACGAAUGAAAUCUGAA